GUUAAUUUCGAAGUUCUCUACGUGUUAAACACUUGAAGAAAACCGGGAAACUAGGCGUUAAACCCGUUGGUGAGGCACGAACCUGCGAUCAGUACUCAAAGGCGUUGAUCGCCGUGCCUAUCACUUAACUUGCAAGCAAGCAAGAUGGCGACCGGAACUCCGCGUUUUCACAUUUGGACAAAGAGUCGCAUGUUGGACUUUUCAUUAUUCUUUACAUAUAAAUAUCGUUAGUUUGUCUGAUCACCGUGCUGGGCUGUCUGUUAAACACGCGACACGCUUAGCGGAGCACGCAGCGUGACUCCAAAUAGCCCCUGGAAGAAGGCUGUAGUCUGAUUUCGGGGGCUCUCUUAGUGUCAAAUAUAGAGGUAUUGUUCCUUAGACUUUUUUGAUAUUAUUGCAUCACAUUAGGAAAUGCCAAAAUUGGUGAUAAAAUUAAUGCAACUACUAAUUUGAUUAGUUUCAAUCAAGACAUCAAAUGAUAAGGAUGCUCUUUAUUUUAAACUAUUUUGAUCAAGUUACAUAAAAUUAUGUUUGCAUAAUCAUCCUAAAUUAUUAUUAGACUAAUCUCAUUGUUUUUAUGUAAUUUUAGUUUAAUGUCAAAUAAAACCAACUGUUUGUCCAAUUUUGUUUAAAACCUGAAAUAUUCAAAAAGCCCUAAAAUGGCGGCUUUAUAAAUAAGGUAACGUUUGUGUCCGGACCUAUUUAUAUAGACCUUACUUUUUGUGUAUGCACUAAACAGAAUUUUCGUUUCGUUUCCUUUCGUUAACAGUUAAUAAGGUGAUGGUGUCCUAAAGCGACUACAUGACGGUGCGAGAUCAUGCCUCCACUAGAAUAAGCGUGAAAUCCCGUUGGAGCCUAUACUUCUUCACCAACCUUGCAUUUUUUUGCUUAUCUGCAAGAACCAACUCAAGUUUACAAGCCACACAGAAAAGGUCUCUGUAACGCUCCUCCUCAAUAAACUUGAACUCUAUAUUUGAAAGUACAGUUAAUAUUAGAAGACAAAAAAUGUUUUUAAACUUUAAUUAUAUUUACUACAGUAUUUACACUACAGAACUACUACAGUAAUAAUAUACAGUAUUACUAUACUCCGUAUAUAAAACAAAAUCGAUAGUGAAACGUGUGAAGUAAAGACGUAAAUGGUGAAUGGAACUUGGUAAAGAACAAAUUUCUGCCAUUAAAUAGUUAAACGUAAUGCUCCAAAAAUGGAUGACACUUCAUCGAAUUUAGAUAACCAAAAAUCUCCGAGGACACCUAAACCUAUGAAUUAUAGAUCAUCACAGUCACCUACUGCUGUUUUGAUUACUGGUACACUCAGUAGUCCACAAGCUAUCUGGCCUUCACAAGAUGUUUAUGAAGGUGUAACAUGGGAUUAUAGCUCUCCUAUGCGACAGGAACUACGAUCAGCUAAGAUACAUGGAAAGACAAAUGUGACCGAGCUUCUUCAAUAUGUAAAUGAUCAGAAGGAACAACGAAAACAAGAUAAUGAUAAGACUUCGUUAUUUGAAACUUGGAUGUCUGUUAAUCUACAAAAUUUAACUCCAAUUCGAAAAAGCAAGUCUUUUGACCGAGGUUCUUCAAAGAAAAAUAAUAUCCAAAAUAAGCGUGCAAGAUACUUGGUUAAAGAAUUGGAAGAAUUGACAAAACAAGCAUUUGAUAAAAAUGGUAUAAGCUAUUAAUAUUCAAAAUAUAAUUAGAAAGUAUUUACAUUAAAACCAGGGCUGUGUAGUCGCGUAAAAAUUUACCGACUCCGGCUAAAACACUAAAACUCCACGACUCCGACUCCGACUUUUCCUUACCAAUCUGACUCCAACUCCGACUCCACAGCCCUGAUUAAAACUUUAUUAUAGAGUAUAAUAUAAUACAGCAGUGUAGUGACUGGUAAAUUUGCCAGCUAUUAUUAUUCAAUUAUUCAGUGCCAACUAUGUGGGUUCAUUCUGUGGAUCAAGGAUUUCUAUACACUUAGUAUUUAAUUUAUCUACAAGGACUUUUUUAUUCUAUUACUAGGACUUAUUAUACUGGUGUAAUAAGUCCUGUAUAAUAAGUUCUAGUAAUAAAAUAAAAGUCCUUGUAGACAUCAUAUGU